AUGAAUGGACGAAUCACCGGCCAACACUCCGCGCCUGCGGUUCUGAACCGCUUCUUCCAGCAUUUGCAUUUGCAUUUGCUCCUUCCCUUAGUGGUUAUAUCUCGUGCAUGUGAAGAGUUGGUUCCAUUAACGGAUAUUUUUCCAUCAGGAGGAGACACGCUGCUGAACCUCAACGUCCGUCCCGUGGAGGUGACCAUUCCAUUGAAGGGGUUUGGAAAAGGCGCCGUGUUUACAUAUAAGACACGGCUUUACGUCUACAAUGGUGUUCCACAACUUCCAGGGCCGACUAUACAUGUCAAACCUGGAGGGAAACUCGUUCUCAAUCUGUUUAACGACUUGGGUAGCGAAGAUUAUGGAGAUGGGGAAGAAAACAUGUACACUUACCAUGGAGUAAAUUCAACGAACAUUCACUUCCACGGUGUGCAUGGUGAUCCAAAUAUCGACGAUGUUUUCAAGGAAGUGAAACCCAAAAAGUCCAUUAGGUAUAGAUUGCCUAUUCCGGAUGAUCACCUUCCCGGACUAAACUGGUAUCACACUCAUGCUCAUGGCUCCACACACCUCUUGUUAAUGGGUGGUUUGUUCGGUGCUUUAGUUGUGGAUGACGUAAAGGGAGAUGACACACUGCUCAGCAUGCCUCAAGUUACAUUGUUUAUUCACCUCUAUCGCUUACGUGCCUCCAAGUUAUGUGACGGUCGCACUAUGGAUUUUGUGGACAAGGCCAUACGAAACAACAUGUCUUCACGACCUCGCAUAAUGAACAGGAAGGGGAAAGAAUUGGAGUUAACUUCAGACCUCUUUUUCGUCAAUGGACAACAUAAGCCCACCGUGACAGUCCACAGCGGAGAGGCUAAACUUUUUCGCAUGGCAUUCGCAGCCGGCUCCUGCCACCUCAACAUCAGUCUUCCGAAGGCGUGUCGGUUCCACAUUGUUGCUGCGGAUGGCGUACCACUUGCAAAGUCACGCGAGGUUAUUGCCCAUUGGUUGUACUUUACCACUGCCACUCGUUACGAUGUGGUGGUUCAAUGUGAUGGAAAUUAUACGGAAAAGACUACAUUUCCCGUUUCCUUGGUGGAAACAGGUGAUACAGUUUUUUACAUUGCUGUUGCUGCAUCAGUGAGUAGGCACCCGAUGCUCGUGGAGUUUCCCGUGCGCUCAAACCUUACCGGUGUCCGUUACCUAAACACGAAGGGAGCUGCUGUGAAGAGGUCCAUUUCCUUUUCGCAGUUAACCCUUCGAGGUAAGGGAUCGUACUAUAUUAUAGGGCAGGGUACUGAUUGUUCUUCCCUCGUGAAUUCUACCACAUGUUAUUAUGAGCAUUUUAUGGGACAAAAGGGUCACGACUACGACAAAUAUCACGGCUUUGUGGUGCCUCUCAAUGCGGUCGUGGAGGCCCACAUCUUCGGGGACCCCAACGAUCCCAUGCCUCAUCCAUUUCACGCACAUGUCAAUCACUUUAAGUUCGUUAGUUUUGUACCUCGAGAAGGAGGAAUGCAUCAAAAUGUGUCCAUGUCAGACUAUGGUAUUUUUCCCGGUGACAUUCGUGACACAAUUCCCAUAUUUGAUGGUGUGACGGUACUGCGCUGGAGGGCCGCCAGUUAUCCCGGUGAGGUGGUGUACCAUUGCCAUUCUCUUGAUCAUGAGGAUCGAGGAAUGAUGAGUUCUUACCUUGUCUACCAGCAGCAAUCUUCAAAUUCCUCCGACCCGGCGAUGUUAUCACCUGGCGAGGACUAUGAAUUGGGCGUAGGAAUGAAUCGAGGCACUUUAUUGCUGUUGGCAAUUCUCUUUUUUAUUGCUUUCAUCAUUUCGAUGGUGAUUGCCCACUUACGGGUGGAUCCAACUGGGUUCGUGCAGUCCGCCCGUGAGCGGGAGGCCCUCCGCAUCACUAAAGUCUCAACCCGAAACGCAUUGUCGCAGUCAGAACACAUACCACUUGUAAAAAAAAAAGCUGAGACGCAGAUUCCUUAG